AGUACAAUUCGCUCAGCGGACGUGUUCGGUUGCCUACAAGUUUCGAUGAGCGGAGUGCGUUACGCUGCGCUGCGUCAAAUGCUUUGAAUUUUUCGUAAUUGUUUAUGCACAAAAGAAAUAAAUAGUUUUUAGUGACGCUAAUAAGCAAAAACCAGCAAAGUGGCUGAGAAAAUUUGGCAUCUGGUUCUCGCAACGGAAAAAACAUUGAAAACCUAUUAAUUUUGCCACAAGCGCAUUAAUUCUAUUGAUUUGUGUUUAAAGAAAUGACGUAUUUCAAACUUUAACGUUUUUACCUGAAGAACAAAAGAGGAGCAAUCUGUGCUGUGCUCUGCUGCCUUCAACGCUUCUGUCAAAGCUGAAGCACAAGUUCACUGUCAAGUGAAGAGAGAGAGAGAGAGAGAGAGAGCGUAAAGCUUUUGUAAGCUUCUUCCGUCGUUUUAACUCACCGAAAAGCACAAAAACUAAUUGGAAAUGAGUAACGAAUCGUCAGCGAGCGAGACAACACCGCUCCGUCGGCCGGAAAGUCCAUUGAGUGCAGAUUCAAGCGCAAACGUGGCCAGCGGCAACAACAAUAACAACCACAACAACAACAAAAACGCUGCUCCACCUGCACAAAUAACAUUGACAAUUCCCAGCAGCAGUAACGACAACAACUCGACGAGCAGCAUUGAAGAACGCUUGCAAAGCAACAUACAACAACAAACACAACAAAACAUAACAAAUAUGGACACAAACAAGCGAAUUUUAUGUCGAGUGGGACUCGAUAUUUUGAUUUUGCUUUGCGUUGGCUUUCCCAUACUAUUAUUCUAUCUGCUUGGUGAUCCCUACAAACGUGGCUUCUUCUGUGACGAUGAAUCGCUGAUGCAUCCAUUCAAGGAGUCCACAGUGAGGAACUGGAUGCUCUACUUCAUUGGGAUGGGUUUACCACUGGGCACUAUACUGAUCGUUGAAGUGCUGCUCUCGCGAGAGGCCAGUGCGAGUGGAACUGGCACGCCUCGCAGGUAUAUCUUUAUGAAUUAUGAGAUACCCGACUGGAUGAUCGAGUGUUAUAAGAAAAUUGGCAUUUUUGGAUUUGGCGCCGCCGUCACUCAACUAACCACGGAUAUAGCCAAGUAUUCGAUUGGUCGCCUCCGUCCACAUUUCUUUGCGGUGUGCCAGCCAGUCAUGCCCGAUGGCUCGACAUGUGAGCUAAAUGCCGGCAAGUACAUAACGGAGUUCGAGUGUCGAGGUGUUGGCUCAACGGCUCGCAUGUUGAAAGAGAUGCGCCUCUCGUUUCCCAGCGGACACUCCAGCUUCACCUUCUACACCAUGGUCUAUGUGGCGCUCUAUUUGCAAGCGCGCAUGAAAUGGCGUGGCUCGAAGCUGUUGCGUCACUUUCUCCAGUUUAUGUUCAUCAUGAUUGCCUGGUAUACGGCGCUGAGUCGUGUCUCGGACUACAAGCAUCAUUGGUCGGAUGUGCUGGCCGGUUCGACCAUUGGUGCCGUCUCUGCUCUAAUCGUGGCCAACUACGUAUCGGACUUGUUCACCAAAAGUCCGAGCACAAAGCCGUACAUGCCCCGAAGUUCGCAGGAUAUUAGCCGAACGCAUUCAUCGGUUGUGGUUACAACAAAUUAGCCAAGUAUUGCCCAUUUUAGUAUUCGUUUAGGACACAAAUUCCAUAAUUUUUAAGCAAAACAGGAAAGUGCAAAUUUGUAUCUGUUGCGCAUUGUCAAAAGAAAGCAAAGCUUUCGCUUGAUUUUAGUUACAAAUAUGCCAUUUACAUUUUAAAUUAUUUUAUUUAGACGCUUUUUAUUUUAUGUGUGUGUGUGUAAUUUUCCAAUGAUUUUAUGGAUUUUGCACACGGACAACUUAAGGUAUUUUGAGAUAGUAUGAUAUGACUAUAAUCACUAAAGUGACCUUAAGCUUUUAUAAAAUUUUACUUGCUAUUUUGGAGAUUCGAUUUGAAUCGAUUAGUAUUAUGCUAACUUGAGUUAGUUCUCUUAGUUCUCGAUUAAGAAGCUACACGAUAAGCAAUGUAAAUGAAGUAAGAAAAAAUUAUGUAUUUAAUAAAGCAUUUUACUUAAAAUAAGCAAAAA